UAUUUAACAUUAGCUAACACAUCGGCCAAGAAUUAAUAUCAAAACUGAUGAAAACAUAAACAAUUCACACUCGAAUAGGUAAACAUAUUUCGUACACAGGAUAAUGGACACCUGGCAGAAGGAAAGUGAUUCACAGAUUGACUACUACUAUGACGAUUCUCCGCUACGUCUUCCAAGUAUAAGCAUAAGAGAUGUCUUAUUAGAUUAUCAGCAAUUCAAGGCUGCCAGAGUUUUGCAACUGCAUUUUCGAGGUUGGCUUUGUCGUAAGAGAUUCCUUAAGCAAAGAGCUGCAGUCACAACUAUUUCCCGAUGGUUUCGUGGAUAUAUUUGUAGCAAAAAGCGCUUUUUUGCCACACAAGAAGAUUUACAAGCAACUGUUUUGGCAUACUAUAAUCACUAUGCUAUCAAAAUUCAGGCAUUCUAUAGAGGUUGGCGCAAUCGUCUCUUUAUACACGAUGUUCGUGCUCUGACCAGGAUGCAAUUGAAUGCCGCCCAAGAUGUUAUUAACUGCAUUGCCUAUCAGUUGCAUACCUUACUGCGAGAGCAGAAAUUACCUGGAGUAUAUUCGUUACGAGCAACAGACUGCCAAAUAAAAGUGGAGGAGCUUUUAGGUACUUUAUUACUUCGCUUUCUGAAUGGUCGAGCGCAUGGCAAAAAUGCAGAGCGUCGUGAUAAUCUCUUAAAUGCUCGCAAGGAAUUUAGGAACUCGAUAUACUGGACCUUUGUUCCAUUCCGUGGCCUACUAUGUGACCACGAUGGCACCGAUUUUGUUGCCUCACAGAGUAACAAAGAGAUGGAUGUGUAUAUGGCACGUGUCGUCACCUUGUUUGAGGAAGCGCGUCGAGAUUUGACAAUACAGAAAAACCGUAGAGCAGCAACGCUCAAACGAAAACUUCAAUUAGGACGAGACAUGGAAAUACGUAGGCAACAAAAAUUUUGCAAUGAUAUUUUUAAGAGAUUAUUACGUUGGAAUAAACUAAAUGAUAUCCUUCCUGAGGAUAUCUGGGAAACAAAACCGCGGACCAUUACAAACCUCUUGGAGGCAUUAGAUGAGGCCUCAAUGGAUAGUUCGCCCAAUUGUUAUUGUAAACCCCAAUUGUCAGAGAACAAUUUAUGUAAUUAGAUAAUUUUUCAAAGUUGCUUAGCAGGCAUUGGCUUAGAUAGAAACGAAAUUUGCAACAAACAACAAAUUUUCACCAAAUGCACUUGACAAUAAAAGAAAAGGAAAGAAAAAUCAAUUUAAAAUUUGCAUCUACGUACAAAGGUUUAUCAUUGCAGGCUCUUUCCAAUGUUGAUCCUUUGUAUGACCUUUCUGAGGGCUACAACAAAAAUUUGUAGAUUUAUUAUAAGACAUUUCGGUUUAUCCAAAAAAUUUACAGAUUUAAACUCAUAUUUGCAAGAUUCCCUUGGAAAGGGUAUAUCAAAUGUCUGCAAAAUGGCCAUUGAUGAUAUGCAAUCGACUAGAGAAAAGGAACUCUGUGAAUUUCAUUUUGCUCUCCACUCAUGCAACAUUGGUUUUUGUUGUGCUCUUUGUCUUGUUUUCCUUUUUUGGGAAAACAGUUUAAGGCAGUCGAACCUUAAUUGCAUUCGUCUGUGAGGGGGCCAA